AUGGCCGAAGGAGAUCAUAGGCAUGACGAGGAUGUGAAUGCAAUCGUGUUCGAUAAUGAAGAGCUGAACAACAUGAGUGAGCUCGAGAGAGGGCCAGAUUUUAUUGAGGUCAAAUGCGGAUACACUAAUAAAAAGUACGGUGAUUUCGUCGGAAAGCUUAGGAUUUCUGUCUCUGGUCAUUUUAUGAUCGAUUGCAAGUGCUACCCCGAAUGCUCAGAAGCGACUUUAACUCCUGAUAAUUUCCUGAAACAUUGCGGGAAAUUAGGGACGAGAAACUGGAAACGUAACAUUUGGAUCAUUGUUAACGACGAGAAGGUUUCUCUCCAGAAGACCGUUCUGCUCAAUUACUACAGAAAUGCUUCAAAUAUCAGUACCGACUCAAAAAACUCCAAACGUGAACGAAAAUUUCAUCGCGAUGAAUUCAUAAAAUGUUCAACAUGUAAUAAGGAGCGCAGAUUUCGUCUACGAAAUCGUGAGGAACGUCGGAUAUACCAUGAUGCCUUGGCCAAUGAGAGGUGGAGAUGUGCUGAUCGGCCUUAUGAUAAGAUAACCUGCGCUGAUGAAGAAGAGAGGGUAUGCCGUAAAAUCUGCAGGGGCUGUCCUCGUUCUGCGACAUGCCCGGGCUGCCCCUCUUGUGUCUGUUUCGGCUGCCUCAAGUGCCGCUUUCCUGACUGCGAAUGCCGUACUUGUGUUGACUUCAUACAGAAUGCAGAACCUUAAUUAGGUUUGGUCCCCAGAGUC